CCGAAGUCUAACAACCAAUCACAGCAAGACGUCGCUCACGUUGCGUCCAUCUGCGUGAUCCAAUCUUGCAUCGGCUAACCUGAAUGCUAAGUAAGCUAAAGAGUUUUAGCUCUGAACGCCGUGUUCUGAAUACAAAACGCUCUGAUUUAUGUGAACGCACACACAGACAGGAUGUGUCCGCUGAGAGCUUUCUCCGCUUCGAGGUUUCAUUGAGCCAAACGAGGGGGAAACUGCGAGGCUACCAAGGGUCUGUGAUUGGGAACACGUGUCUGGAAGAAAGCAAUUCAAGGUGGGCAAAACAGCGAGCUGUACCCGCUCUGACAGCCUGGAGCAGAUGGUCAGUCUGUGAAACCAAAGCCAGGACAGGGACCCCUAAGUAAGCUGUGAGGAUCCUGUCAAAUUGUGAAUUUUUUAGACCUCAUGAUACUUCACCUUUCCAUUUCAAGGUGAAAUUGUCUCAUCUAGCAGCAGCUGAAUCAUGGCCCGGAAACCAUGUAGCUCCAUGUAUUGGUUUGUUGCUAAAUGCUGCUACAUUUGAGCCGUCUCACUCACACUUGGCUCUCCGGAAGGCAUUCUUCACUCUCUGCCAAAUGCACCGAGCACAGAGCCAGCGGAGCAAAGCGAAAUACUUGAAGAGGAGGAAGGGAUCCAUUUCUUUAAUCAAUGGGGUCUCUCACAUGUCCAGGCGAGCCAAGAGGCGCUUGUACUGUAAACUACAGCUUUGGAUGUGGAGGAAGUGGAGAGAGAAGUGCCACUUUGGGAUAUUUAGAGCUAAAAAACGCUUUGGCUCUGGCUCGGGCCCCGGCCUCAGUUUAAAGACACAAAAAAAUAAAAGGAAAGCGUACCACGCGCUAAAUGCAACAAAAACAUCAGUCCUUGUGUCAGCUCUUGGAUGUGAUACUGGAGGUUCAGAGGAUCCCCUUAAAAGACAGGACCAGGAUAUGAACACAGAUGCUGCUGCAGGUACUGAUGGUGAAACCAUAACAGGAGAAACUUUGGUACACAUUAGUGAAAUUAAAGAGCCUUUAAGACACUGUCACAGAAUCCAAUCUUCAUUGAAAGCAGACAGUAACGCAUAUGAAGACGUCACACAGAGCAGGGUACCAGGAACAACUCCUGCACAAAGACUCGAGGUUGGCAGCCCAUCAGGACAGACUGCUGGUACUCUAGGCCAGGACCAGAGUACAGUCACAGAUACUGAUGAGACAAUCAGUUUUAAAAAGACAGUAUCCCCUCACACUGAUGUCAGCCUGAACGCACUGACGAAGGAAAUCCACGAGUUUCUUGAUGACUUCUACAUGAAAUAUGGAAGCUUAAUCCCAUUACGUAAGAUCGACGUCUUGAGGCAUCUCAAGGGGAAGUUUUACACUGGUUUAAGUGACAGGAAAAACACAGUCCUCUCUGAGGUUACCAGAUACCGAGCUGCGAUCCUCCAGAAGCCCGUCCCGUCUUUUCAGGUGGUCUACAAGAAACACACGUUGACUCUGGACGAUUUGUUGACGCUGGCAGAUCAGAACUGGCUCAACGACCAGGUUAUGAACAUGUACGGGGAACUGAUCAUGGAGUCUUCCCAUCACAAGGUCCAUUUUCUUAACAGCUUCUUCCACCGGCAGCUGAUGACCAAAGGAUACGAUGGUGUUAAGCGAUGGACGAAGCAGGUGGAUUUGUUUUCUAAGAGCCUUCUUUUGGUGCCUAUCCAUCUGGAGGUCCACUGGUGUUUGGUGACUGCCGACAUCGUCCAAAAGAAAAUCUGCCUUUACGACUCUCAAGGGAACGGGCUCCAGAAAGUUGGAAGGAACAUCCUGAAAUACUUGAUGACAGAAGCAAAAGAAAAGAAGCAAACUGCUUUUGAAAGUGGUUGGACGGUGGCGUUCGAUGAGAAAGUCCCGCAGCAGACCAACGAGAACGACUGCGGAGUUUUUGUUCUGGAGUAUUCUAGAUGCCUUGCUCUGACAAGGCCCCUCCACUUCUCACAAAAAGACAUACCAAAGAUACGAAAGAGGAUCUACAAAGAGCUCUGCGACUGUAAGCUCCAUGAACAGGACUGAUGAGUCAUUAAGUCGUGGGAUGGAUGUGUUAUGGUCAUUUUGGUAUGAAAUAACAUAACAAGCAACUUAAAGAAGUCCAGACGCUUUUCUUUCCAAGCUCCUUGGACUACGAUGACCUGGAUGACUGAGAACCUUCACAGACAACAUCGUGUAGGGUGUGAUUGUGGUAGCAUCUCCACAGCGGCCUUACAUUAUGUAUAUAAUGUGAAAAUACGAUCCCUGCUGCGAAAUAUAAUUCACUCGUCAGGUUACAUUUUGAUCCAUUUUUGUAACUACUGCAUAUGAUCAGUAUUUAAGCAGGCAUGUCUUUGAGAGGAGAAGAA